UAAUUUUUGUUUUCCAUUUAUUUUGCUGCUCUUCCUUAUUAUAGGUUCUUGUUCCGAUGGCCGCUGCUGAUGUUGAAUUCCGAUGCUUCGUCGGAGGGCUCGCCUGGGCCACCGAUGAUCAGGCUCUUGAAAAUGCCUUCAGCCAGUUCGGCGAGAUUGUUGAAUCGAAGGUCCGUUUGUUGCAGGGAUAGGACCCCAGAUCUGACCCGAUCCGACCUGAUCUGUGAUCCCUGAUCUGCUGUGUUUGUGUUACUUGUUUCUUGAUACUUGUGUUACUGUUCUUUUAAUCUCUCACUGGUACGUUCCAUCUUCAUCCUCUGGACGGAGAUCGAUCGAUGUGAUUUUCAUGUUUUGGUUGAUGGUUUUCGGCGGUAUAUUAAUUCUGCUUUUGUCUGUGGUGUAGAUCGUCAACGAUCGGGAGACAGGGAGAUCGAGAGGUUUCGGAUUCGUCACUUUCCGUGAUGAGAAGUCUAUGUUGGAUGCGAUUGAAGGCAUGAACGGUCAGAAUCUUGACGGAAGGAAUAUCACUGUGAACCAGGCUCAGUCCCGUGGAGGCGGUGGCGGUGGCGGUGGCGGAUUUAGCCGCGGAGGCGGUGGUGGCUACGGUGGUGGCCGUCGUGAAGGAGGUUACGGUGGUGGUCGUCGUGAUGGCGGUGGUUAUGGAAGCGGUGGUUAUGGAGGCGGUGGUUAUGGCGGUGGUCGCCGUGACUAUGGUCGUGAUGGUGGAUCCCGUUACUCUAGGGGUGGCGGUGCCUCAGAUGGUAACUGGAGGAACUAGAUUUAUGUUAUGUGCUGUUUUAGGGGUAGGUCUGGUUGUUUGGAACUUUGGAUUAUGGUUUUCUGUGUUAUGGUUUCCUAUGUUCACGUUCUCUAUUCUUGACACCGUUAUGAUAUGGGUCAAAGUGCUGCUUUUUAUAAAUUCAUGAGGAAAUCCAGUGAAUUGCGUGCCCUCUUACCUUUCAGUAUUAUGUGAGUGAAAUCAUUUUUCAUAAUUUGAGCAUUAAAUUGAUGGUGUCAAU